CAAAAGAUAAAACCACCCCCUGCCGAUUUAAUCCUCAUUUCUCUCUCUGCCGAUUUCAAUUCAAUUUCUUGACGAGAAAAUGACGAUUGGUGGUGGUGCCGGCAAUGGUGUGCCUAAGAAGCGACAGCGUGUGGGUAGCAACAGCCAACUAUCCUCCACCAUUGCUGUCAUCACCGGCUCCAGUUCCGACGCAUCUCCGACGGACGUUUAUCGGAAGCCUAACUGCCUCCGCCGCUCCACCUCACACUCAGUCCUCCCUCAAUCCUCAUCCUACAACGCCCCCUCCUCCGUCAGAUUCAACGACUGCGCGACCGCUGACGUCAUCCUUCGUCUCUACCGCGAACGAUCCACCGCCUUUGAAUCCGACGACAGCGAAUACACCACCGCCGUUGGCCAAUCCGACGUUCAGAUCUACCUUCACUCUGACGUCAUCCGUCAGAGCAAAUACUUCGCCGCUGUAUUAUCCGAUCGUUGGCAAAAAGACUCAGACGACGUCGGUUCAGGCAAAAUCUACCGACUCAAUCUUGGAGUUCCGGCCACAGCUUGUUCAAUCAACAAUCACUGGGAAGUUCUUCAACUUCUAUACACAAACGACUUUUCAAACACAAUCACUAGUGUGUCAAUCGCACUCUCUUUACUUCCUGUAGCUCUCGAAUUGCUAUUUGAGGAUUGUGUUAGGGCUUGUGUUCGAUUUCUCGAGGUCGUCCCUUGGAGUGAAGAGGAAGAGAAGAGUGUGUUGAGUUUGAUGCCAUUUUUAGGAGAGGAAGAUUCUAAAGAGCUUCUCGCUCGGGUUUCGCAUUCGGAUAACGAUACUCCCGAAGAAAUGCUUCAGGGAUUGAUUCUCGCGGCGAUGCACAACCACCCAAACAUGGCGUUUGCAAAGGCUUUUGUUGCGAAACUUUUGAGGGACUUUUCGUCGAGGGAAUCGGCGAGGAGAGUGUUGGAUAGAGCGUUCGAGACGAGUCUGAAGGUAGUGAAGGAGUUGUUGGAGGAAUAUUCGAAUCCGGACUUAAGGGGAGAUCAUAAUGAGACAGAGGCAAUUCAGAGGUUGAAUUUGCACAAGGCAAUGACGAAUGCAAGGCAUUUGUUAUGGUUGAUUGAGAGGAUGAUUGAGCUGAGAAUGGCUGAUAAGGCGGUGAAAGACUGGAGUGACCAGGCUUCGUUCACCGCAGAUUUGCAGAGGACGUUUCGCGAUGAUGCGUGGAGAAAUAUCGUGCCGGGGCUUCCUGCUCUCGUGCUUCGGUGCACUCUCAAGCUUGCCAAUGCCGUUACCUCUGGGUCUAUUCUGGCUGCUAGACAGGUUAGGAUGAAGCUCGUAAAAGAUUGGCUUCCGGUGCUGAUUGUAUGCAAAGACAAAAUCCCUGCCAUGUUGCCAAGUCACCCAUCACCAUACCGCGAGCUAGAAGAAACAUUCUUACGCAUUAUCUCUACACUGCCCAUGCUGGAUGCACAGGAGUUGUUGCAGCAGUGUCUCAGCUUUUCAACUCGAAAUGUUGAAGACUGCCCUCAUUUGGUCUCCGCGUUUAAAACCUGGUUUCGCCGUGCAAAUAGAUCUCCUCAAGCAGAAAACCUUUAUUAGGUGCAGUCUUCCAUCUUGUGAGAAGCCUAUUCACAAGUGGGUUUUAGGCGUUUUCCCUGUGAAAUAUUGUACAUAUUCAACUGAUGUUUAGAGAGAGACUAUGUACUAUGUAUAACUUGUGUUUUUCUCUGUGCUGUGGAAGCAAAUUGGCUUGAAUAAGUCCGAAGCUCGUUAGUCUACAUACCUGAAAAGUAG